CGGAGGCGCUCGGCGCAGUUUCCGGCGAGGAAAAUGGCGCUGGCCAUGCUGGCGCUGGUGAUUCCUCGUGGGCCGGCUGCCCCGGGACUGCUCCGAAACUGUUGGGAGCAACUACAGCGGAAGCUUCAGCAAAGCCGGCCAGGCUUUCCCAGCCCUCCGGGGGGACCAGCAUUAGCAGUCCAGGGUCCAAUCUUAUUUACAGAACCAGCAAAUGAUAUAAGUGGAAGUAAGGAGAAUUCCAGCCUUUUGGAUUGUAUCUUUUGGAUGGCAGCUCCCAAAAACAGACGUACCAUUGAAGUUAACCGUUGCAGGAGAAGAAACCCUCAGAAGCUUAUUAAAGUUAAGAACAAUAUUGACACAUGUCCUGAAUGUGGUCACUUGAAACAGAAACAUGUCCUUUGCGGCUAUUGCUAUGAGAACGUGCGCAAGGAGACUGCAGAAAUUCGACGACAGAUAGGGAAACAAGAAGGGGGCCCUUUUAAGGCUCCCACCAUAGAGACUGUGGUGCUAUACGCUGGAGAGACACCGCAGGAACAAGAUCGGGGCAAGAGGAUCAUUGAACGAGCCAGGAAGCGGCCAUCCUGGUUCACCCAGGAUUAACACCAAAGAUGUUAAAAGAGGCUAACUUCACAAUAAACCAUUUUUUCUGAAACAG